ACGAGGAGGCUGAGUAGCGGCGACGAGAGACUGACGAGACUUGCGAAGACACAGAAAACUACUUCAAAGACUCGCCUAAUCUAGAUCACGUCACCAUUGACUCUCACAUGUCUGUAUAAAUGGCAUUCGCCAUUGAGCUUUUCUUAUAGCUCCAGAUCUUUAUUUCUCUCCAUACCUUCAGGAUAAUAAAUCAGGGGCUAAUGUUAUAUUUGAGGGCAUUUCUUAUGAUCACCUAUGCCUCUGGAAGACAUUGUGGUGUAGCCUUUUUCUUAUUGCCGAAUUGUGUCGGGGAUGUGACCUUUGGUCUUUACAAGAGUAGCUCUGUCCUGUCCAAAACAGGUGCCUUUUUCCAUUGCUAUAAUUGUUAUGUUUCUGUCCUUAUUCUCCAUGCUUGGUUAAUGUUUAAUUCAUGAUCAUUUGGGUUGUAUCAUCAAUUGUACUCUUAGCAGAUGUUACGGAAAAAUAGGAAAAAAAAUUCCAUGAGAUCAAGUGGGAUUCAUUUAUACUAAGUAGUCAUUAGUCAAUGACAUACACACACAUCCAUACACAUUGGCAUGGCUUGUAGGAUAUGUUUUUGUAAAUUUUGAUGAUACUUGCAAGCUAGAUCUGUAAAUAGGAGUAAUGGAAGCUAUAGUCUCCCAGCAUAUAUCUUUGGUCAUAGACUGUGAAUCCAUGCUCUUGCAAUUACAGUUGCACUGAUUAUAUAAUUCUAUACCCGCGCUAUUAGAAAUUAUUGAUUUCUUCUCUUCCUUCUGUAAUUUUUCAGUUUGAUAUAUGUGAAAUCAAUAUGGCUGGAGCUGGAAAGAAACAAAAUAUCAAGAAGUUUAGAAACUCCUUGCAUAUAAAGAAUUGUACAAAGAAAUCGAACAAAGGGAAGCCCAAAUUAAAACGCAAAUUUUUUGGACAUACUAUCGGUUCAAACCUAUCAAAGAACAAACCUAUUGACCAUGUAAGCAAAGGCAUGAACAGUAACUCCUCAAGAAGAAAUGUAAUCAAAAAAGCAAGUCUGCAUAAAUCCAAGUCCCCCAAGAAGCAGUCUUCUUUGAAAUGUCAAAAUGAAAAAUAUCAUAUAAUAGUCUUUGACGCGAAUGACAAUGGGGAUCUCAAACCUGAAAAGUUAAAGAAAAGGGGGAAACGAAAGAGGUCAAAGGAUAACGUGGAGCUUGAUGAAGCUUCCCGCUUGCAAAGGAGGACAAGGUACCUGCUGAUAAAAAUGAAGCUGGAGCAGAACCUUAUUGAUGCUUACUCCAUGGAAGGUUGGAAAGGUCAGAGCCGUGAAAAAAUCAAGCCAGAAAAUGAACUGAAAAGAGCCAAGAAGCAGAUAUUGAAAUGUAAACUUGGGAUUCGUGAUGCCAUCCGCCAGCUGGAUUUGCUUGGGUCUGUUGGACAGAUUGAUGACUCUGCAAUUGCCCCUGAUGGAUCUGUAUAUCAUGAACAUAUAUUCUGUGCAAAAUGCAAGUUACGUGAAGCUUCCCCUGAUAAUGAUAUCAUACUUUGUGAUGGAACAUGCAAUUGUGCUUUUCACCAAAAGUGUCUCGAUCCUCCAUUGUCAACUGAAAAUAUUCCUCCAGGAGACCAAGGCUGGUUAUGCAAAUUUUGUGAUUGUAAGAUAGAAAUAUUAGAAGCAAUGAAUGCUCAUAUUGGGACACACUUCUCGUCAGAUAGCAAUUGGCAGGAUAUCUUCAAGGAAGAAGCUGCUUUACCUGAUGGUGGGGAUACUUUGUUGUCUCCAGUGCAAGAAUGGCCGUCUGAUGAUUCUGCAGAUGAUGACUACGAUCCUGAAAAUUUUGAGAAUAGCUCCAGUUACAACAGAGUUGACUCUGAAGAUGAUGCUUCUGAUGAUGCAGGCAGCUCAAGUGGUAUCUGGUCACUCAAGGGUGAAGUAUUUUCUGGCUCUGAAAGGUUAGACAAGAGGAGCAAGGGCCCCAAAAAUCCCUCAGCUGAGUUAAUUGGUGGAGCAGAUUCUGAUGAGACCACGGCUUGUGAAAUAUUAUGUGGCCGAAGGCAACGACUAGCAGUUGACUAUAAGAAAUUAUAUGACGAAAUGUUUGGAAAGGAUGCUCCUGCCAAUGAACAAAUUAGUGAAGAUGAAGAUUGGGGUCCUACUAAAAGAAAGCGGAGAGAAAAGGAGUCUGAUGCGGCAAGCACCCUUAUGACUCUCUGUGAAAAUGACGAAAAAUGCCAUGUGAAAAACAGAGAAUCAGAAAAGAUACCUUCAAGCAAAGAAACCAAAAGGCCGUGUUUCAGAAUUCCCCCAAGUGCUGUUGAGAAGCUUCGUCUUGCAUUUGCUGAUAAUGAACUUCCCUCUAGAGCUGUCAAGGAGAACCUUUCCAAACAAUUAGGUCUUGAAUCUGGGAAGGUAAUACAAUCAAACUGAAAAAGGGUAGAAAAAUACAGGAAAAAAAGAAGGGAAGGAGAAAAGACAUCGACAAUAACAUUAAAGCUUGUACUUCCUUCAAAUUAGCAACAUAAGAUUGUUGUCGAGGAAACAGACUUUUAUUUUUGGACAUGUGCAAAAGUUGUUCUUACCAAAAAAGGCUUGCCCCAUGCUGUUUCAGUAAUAGCCUUUGUUUCACUCUGUAGCACACCAACGUUAGCUUCAGAAAAAUGAUAAUGGAGCAUUGGUAGAAUUGAUUUGAUGGAAGAUAGGGCUAUGUAUGAGGCAUUCAGGUUUGUUGGGACAUGGGAUCCAGCUUCUGGUAGUGCACUGGAGGAUGAACAAGGAAAAAAGUGCAGAUCCACAAUGGAUGUCACCAAAAUUAUUAUUUCAUAGUUUAUUGCAGACAUAUCUCCUGUACCUGCUUAUAUUAUGCUUGCAUUUCCUUUUUUUCAGGUUAGCAAAUGGUUCAAGAAUGCGCGCUACCUAGCACUCAGAGCCAGAAAGGCAGGGAAAGCAAUACCAUUUCAUACUAUUGAUUCCAAAAUGUUAAAGAAUUCCAGGUCAGAAAUUGGAAAGGAUAAACCUGCUGAUCGAAGGGCAUUUAACGUUAUGUCAUUAGCAAAUGUGGUUGGGACACAUACAAGUUUGAAAAAGUUCCGAAGGAGAAAGAACCCAUCAUUACUAGCCAUCCCUUUGAAGAGAAAGCAAUACAAGAAAGUUUUAUUCCAGUCCUCAGCCAAUAACAAGGCUGCUGUGGGUUUUGACGAUGAUGUGACAUUGAAACUUAUAAGAGAAAAGGCUAAGAGACAGAAAAAGAGGGUAAUUAACUUCACGACCAAAGGCGGUGUACAAGAAGCAGAGGCUGAAAUGGAGAGGAUCUGCAAAAUCAAGGGCAAGGUAGAAAAACUCCAGCGGGUUUUACUGGGACUUGCAAAUGACAAAUCUAAUAAAGGAGAUGCACCCACAUUGACUGAAAUUUCCGUUGUGUAUGUCCCCGUUGCUGGUGUAAGGGAGAAAAGAUGAUUUUGAGUAAUCUAUUUGCUGCAUCACCUUAUGAUUCUGUUUUGCUACAGCCGGACUUUUUAUGUUUUCUCUGUCAGUAUCUUUUGGUGUACAUAUAUACGGAAGUUGAUUUUGUGCAAAUACUUAAUAUUGAAAAUGCCUUGCACUUGUCUGAAAUUAUAAUAGAAAAUCAAUACAUGGUAUGUAAACCAUAUUGUAGAAGUUUGGAUGGGUGUUCCAAUAGCUU